CUCCCACCACAACUCACAAUUUCAUACCCCCAGGAUUUCUCAAUCUACACCUCCUCGAAACGCACCAUUUCACCAUGCCUUGCUCCGAUUCCUCCGUUUCCGUAAUUUCGCAAUGCACAAUUUACCCCGACCAGAAAUCCGCCGUCAAGUCUCUCAAGCUCUCCGUCUCUGAUCUUCCCAUGCUCUCCUGCCACUACAUCCAGAAGGGCGUCCUCCUCGACUCCCCGCCCUUCUCCGUCGUCGACCUCCUCCCCUCCCUCAAACACUCCCUCUCCCUCGCCCUCUCCCACUUCCCAGCCCUGGCCGGUCGAUUCGAGACGGACGCAGACGGUCACGUCCACAUUGUCUGUAACGACACCGGCGUCGGUUUCGUGCACGCCAAAGCCAAGAACCUCUCUCUGGACGCCGUCCUGCAGCCCAACGCCGACGUUCCACAUUGCUUCAGGGAGUUCUUCGCGUAUCAAAGGACUUUGAGCUACUCCGGCCACUUCAGACCUCUAGCCGCCGUACAGGUCACCGAGCUCGCCGACGCCGUGUUCAUCGGAUGUACGGUCAACCACUCCGUCCUUGACGGCACAUCCUUCUGGCACUUCUUCAACACCUUCGCCGAGAUUAACCGAGGCGCCAAGAAAAUAUCAAAAUCUCCUGAUUUUUCCCGCGACACCGUCUUCAACUCGCCGGCGGUGCUCCAUUUCCCAGAAGGAGGCCCUAAGGUCACCUUCUCCGGCAACGAUCCGCUGCGUGAGAGAAUCUUCCAUUUCACCAGAGAAUCAAUUCUCAAACUGAAAAACAGAGCAAAUAACACUCAUCUGUUCAAAACAACGCAUAACUGUAACAGUGAUGAUAACGGUAACUGUAACGAUAAUGGCCUUUCUGAAACGGCCGAGAUUCUCGGGAAGCAGUUAAAUGACAGCUGGAAUGCCGUACACCGAUAUAACGGCGCGAAAACGGCGGAGAUUUCGUCGUUUCAAUCUUUGAGCGCGCAGCUCUGGCGUUCCGUGACUCGUGCCAGGAACCUACCUGAUUCCAAAACGACGACGUUCCGUAUGGCUGUGAACUGCCGCCACCGCCUCCAGCCGAAGAUGGACUCGCACUACUUUGGUAACGCGAUACAGAGCAUCCCGACCGUCGCUACCGUCGGCGAGCUGCUGUCCCGGGAUCUGCGCUGGGGUGCCAAUCUCCUCCACAACAACGUGGUUGCGCACGACGACGCCACAGUGCGCCGCGGCGUAGAGGAUUGGGAGAGCGCGCCGAGGCUGUUCCCGCUGGGGAACUUCGACGGCGCGAUGAUCACGAUGGGCAGCUCGCCGCGAUUCCCGAUGUACAACAACGAUUUCGGGUGGGGCAAACCCCUCGCCGUGCGGAGCGGCGCGGCCAACAAAUUCGACGGCAAGAUAUCGGCUUUUCCAGGGAGGGAAGGCAGCGGCAGCGUUGAUUUGGAGGUGGUUCUGGCUCCUGAGACGAUGGCUGGGCUGCUGUCCGAUGGGGAGUUCAUGCAAUAUGUAUCGGUGAUAGACUGAGCCGGGUCGUACGCGAUCACGCCCCCACUGUGGGUGGGACCCGCCGUUAAUGUUUGAAAUUACGGUUAAUCCGUUAUGGUGACUGGCUCGUGGGAUUUAGGAAUUGGUCAAAACUUAGUCAAUCGCUGUGGUGAGAUUGAUUUGGACGGUUGCGAUGAGACGUUAAAACCGCGACGUUUUGGCUACUAGUGUAGUGUGUGGGUGUGGAUGUUUGUACUAUUGUAGGGGAAUUAUUAUAUUAUAUUUUAUCUGCUUAAAGAAUUAUGCACGUGAUGAAAUUGCCGAAUUUCUUAAUGUGAAUAAUCCAUUAAAAGCCUCUAUUUUUGUGAA